AUGGAUGAAGGAUCAUAUGAAUCAUAUGAUGGUCUUCCGGAAGAUGACUCAUUAAAUCCUUUUCAGGAUGAAUAUCCAAUGGAUGAAGAGCAGGAAAGUUUUAUAAACAAUAAUGCUUUACAAAAUGAAGCUGAAGACGACGAUGACGAUAAUUUUGAUGAAGGUAUAUCAAGGCCUACAAGUGUACAAUCAGUACGUGAUUCUGAAAUGGAUACAGCAACUAAAAAAGAUACAGAUAUUGAAGAUGGUACUAAACAAGAGGCAGAAAGUACAAAUAGUGAUGGUUCAGAUUCUGAUUCAGAAGAUGAUGGUGUCGUUGUAAAAAUUGGAGAUAUUAAACCAACAGACAUUCGUAGGAAAGGAGUUGUUGGUAAAAUUAAUAUAGACGGUGCACCUUUAGUUAAUGGUGAAAGUAUAUAUGAUAUUGAUCUUAAUAAUAUUGAAGAUAAACCAUGGAGAAAACCUGAUACAUGGAAUUUGUAUUGUGAAAGACAGCGUAAACUACGAUUAGAAUAUGGAAACAAUCAGGCUCAGGUGAAUCAGGUACUUUUUUCACAGAUGAAUGGUGGUAGACAAUUAGUUAGCUUAGUAGGUGCUGAGAAUCCACAUAAUAAUGCAAAUCCAUUAUUAAAUUCUAACAAUAGAAUUAUUAUAACAACUGAUUUGACUAAAAAAACAAAUAGCAAUGAUAACAAUACUUCGGAUUCUGUUGAACAAACACAAAAUAAUCCUAUAAACAUGCCUAUUGGUAUGGACUUUUCAAAGCCUCCUCCAAUGUUUGAUUCCACUAGUGUUUCUAGUGAUUCUUUAAUACAUGAGGAAGAAGGAACAUCUUCAAUUAAAUUAGAAAAUGAUAUUCAACAAAAUAACAAUUCAACUACAAAUGGUAAUAUGCUACCUUCUCAACAAGGUGGAAACAUGAUGAUUCAGGGUAAUAAUCUUUCCUUUAAUCCUAUGAGACCACCUCCGAAUCUCCCUAAUAUGUUUCCUAAUAAUUUUGUAAAGAAUCCUAUGUUUAAUAACUUUAUGCCCCCUACUUUUGGUAGUAAUACUGGUAAACAACCCUUAAUUAGACAUCCUUUACCAACUGGUAAUAUUAUUAAUCCAAGUAGAGGUAGAUUUAAUGAUAUUGGAAAUGAUUCAAGGAGUCCACAUAGAGAUUCAAGUGAAGAUAACUCAAGAGAUAGAAGAAACAGAAGAUCUAGAAGUAGGAGUUCUUCUCGUAAACGGUAUGAUCGUAAAGAUAGGGGAAGAGACGAUGAUUCUGAUAGAAGAAAGAGUGAUAAACACAGGGAAUCUUCUAGGCGUAGUGAUCGAGAAAAAGACCGUGAUAAGCAUAAAGAUAGUGAACGGGACAGAACACGGGAUCGUGAUAAAGAACGUGAGAAAGAUCGUGAAAGGAGGCGCAAGGAAGAAGAUGGUGAUCGUGAAAGAAAAAGAAGACGUCAUAGAAGAGAUAGUGAAGAAGAUUCGAAAAGAAAAAAAAAACGAGAAGUAACAACGUGA